AUGUCUGAGCGGGGUCAUUUCAGAGGCGGCGGUGGUCGAGGUCAGUCAAGGGGCAGUAGAGGUUAUGAUAGAGGAGGGCGUGGAGGCAAUGCACAGAGCGGACGGGAGCAGCAGGAGAAACCCAAGAAAGAAAAUAUCCUGGAUCUGACCAAAUAUAUGCACAAGCAAGUACAAGUCAAGUUCAAUGGCGGACGAGAAGACGACGAAGGCAACGAGACUACACGGGAUCUUGGACUGAUUGUCGCUCGAGGCACCUUGUUAGUGCUGAUCUCCCCUAUGGACGGAAGCGAAGAGAUAGAGAAUCCUUUUGCUCAGCCAGCCGAGGACUAG